AUGGGCCACCGCAGCAAGUUUGCGAUGAAGAUGCAUUUGAAGCGGCUCUUUAGACUUCAUCAACUGGACGUCAAGCUGACGGCCUUCAUGAAUCAGUGCUUGCUUUGGCCUCACGUAAAGGGUGGGCGCGUGAUUCAGCGCCCGCACAGCCAGAUCUGGCAUGCCAAUCGUCCUAACGAAGGUAUCCACUUUGACUUCCUCUAUUUGGGUGACUCGUUCAAGGGAUCCAAGUACGUGCUCGUGCUCAAAGACGACUUGACGCACUAUUGCGAGCUCGUGGUGUGUCUCAUGGCGGACGCGGCCUCGGUCGUGGACGCUUUGAUGCACUGGGCUACGCGGUUUCGCUUGCCGCUCGUGUGGGCGUCGGACCAAGGCAGUCACUUCAAGAACCAAGUGGUUGCAGCGCUGGCUCAAGCCUACAAAGUCGAUGACCAGUUUAUUUGGACCUACAGCUGUGGCGCAAUGGGGUAUCUCUUACCGCUGGUUCAAGUCAACCUCAACCAGACGCCAGCCGAGUCGCUUGGUGGCGUGUGCCCGACGCAAGCUUUCACGGGGCAUGUGCCUGCUACCAUCUUGGACAUUGUAGUCCGCUACUUCGAUGGUGAGCUCGUCCGUCAAGAAGACUAG